AUGGCCGACAUCACCGACCAACACGACCAAGGAUCGCCAUCUGCCCUCGACGAGCACACUGCCGGAAACGGCAAUGCGGUGGGCGAGUCUCGCGGCAUCAAACGUCAACGGCCCUCGACCGCCGACGACGAUGACGAUGACGACGAUAAGCCCGGACGCGAGCGAAGAAAGAUUGAGAUCAAGUUCAUCACCGACAAGUCGCGCCGUCACAUCACAUUCUCCAAGCGGAAGGCUGGUAUCAUGAAGAAGGCAUACGAAUUGUCUGUACUCACCGGCACCCAAGUUCUCCUGCUCGUUGUCUCCGAGACUGGUCUGGUCUAUACUUUCACAACACCCAAGCUUCAACCUCUUGUCACCAAGGCUGAAGGAAAGAACCUGAUCCAGGCCUGCUUGAAUGCUCCAGAACCCGCAGGCAAUGGCGAGAACGGCGUCGACGACUCGAACGCGGUCGACUCACCUGAAGAACCUACCCCGCAACACCUUCCACAGCAACAAAACCGUGCAAACAUCCCACCGCAAGCGAACAUGCACCCAGGGUACAUGCCUCAAACCCUCCAGGAACAACAAGCCCUGGCAUACCAAAAUUACGUUGCUCAACAGCAAAGAAGCGGUGGUUACAUGCCACCUCAGGCUGGUAUCCCUCAACAACACUCGCAUCAAGCAUAA